AUGUUCGGUGCUGGGCAGCAAGCACCAUCAACAUCCCAACCAACAGGUGUUAAUAUCGCUAUAGAAGCUGGCUCCGAGUGGGGAAUCCAGGAAAUUGGUUUUGAUGGAGUUGAAAAAUAUAUGCGACCAUUAGACUAUUCUGAUCAUGUAGCAAAAUUAGCUCGUAAAGUGGAUUGGCGAAAACUAAUCGGUGCAGAAGCCACGUACGAUAAUCCAGACGCAUUACCACGUGAUGAUGGAGAAGAGCUAGAAGAAAAGGAACCGGAAGAAGUGGUCGUUGGCAUGGAAGAUCGUAAGACCCCAGAAGCUGGGCCGUGGCAUACUGUUGCAAAAUACUUACACGAAGCACUACAGCAAGUAAAUGUCCUGGUAGAUACGAUUUCGGUAUUAAAAACACCAUACAUGGAAGCACUGACAGUUGCAGAUGCAUUUGAAGUUCAGCACAACAUGCAGGAUGUGAUACAGCAAUCCAAACAGUUCCAAUGGGUUACGCGGCGUAAAGCUCUUGGUGAAGCAAUCGGUGUUUUAGAGCAAGCUCAAAAAUUUCGCUCAAAACUUCUUACCGAAACUGAUCCUGAUAAAGCCAUGUUUUUUCGUGAGCUGGAAAAAAUGAGAGAGUUGUGGAGAGUAAGGAAAACAGGAAAUGUUACUUAUGGCGAUCUCGGUUAUAAAAUGUUUGGAUCGAAAUAUAACCCAAAAGAAUUAUUUGAUAUCACUCGACGUACCACAACGCCUGCUGGCGAUGAUGGAAGCUCUUCAACAAAAUCCGAUUCCUAUUUACAAGUUCAAGUACCAUGUGAUUUGAUUCGUCGCUCUACCAUUGCUGUUUCUAUUGAAAUUGAUAAUGACGAUCCGAAAACUUUGUUUACAACUGCCGAAAAUGACUUAGAUUAUAUGAAAGUUGACAGAGAGCAAGCAAUGGCAAUACAUUGGUCAAAAGCAUUACAGUGGGCACAAGAAAGUUUGUUGUGCAGAGAUAUCUUUAAGCAGUUAUGUAAAGACGCAAUUAUUCUGAAGGAUCAUAUAACAGUAAUUCGUGAUGGUGUAUUAAUCGCUUCAUUAUUCGAUAACAUUUUGUUGCGAGUAGAAUUGGCAUUUCACCCAUUUGAAGAUGGUCCUUUACCAAUCGCAGGCGAUGAUUAUUUGAACCGCGCCCUUCGUCAAUUAUUUGUAAGUGAUCUUUGCGCACGGAAUAUACGUCACCAGACAUUCGUAGCUAUGCCAUUAUCAGCAUUACCGAGCACGCUUGAUUUACGAGGACCGUAUGCUAUGACUGAUGAAGAGAUUGAAUCACGUUUAAGGCAAAAACGUACUUUGUUGGAAAGACUGCUCUUAUUGGCAUCUCAUUUCGUUCUAACAAAUCGGGUUAUGACUUCAUUAAAGCGAUAUUUGCUUCGUGUUACGGAUCCUCAGGUCAUGUGGAAAUGGCUACGUGCUACACCCGUUCAAUCGUCGAUUAUUGUUACAGCAUCCAAUAGGAAUUACGAUUAUGCCGGAAAGACAACAUUUUAUAUACGAAUUGGUGCAGAGAAUUUUUAUAUUGCAACAAAGGAAGGCCAAAAUAUCGAGUGUAGAAGAGAUGAUGAAAUGCUCAUUUAUACUAUUGACAUGCUGAUUUGCAAUUACAUGUUGAAUACAGUGGCGAUGAUAGCCAGUAAACUGUGGCAGUGGCAAGUACUUCAUGCAAAUAUUAAUGCAACGGAUGAUCGAGCGGAACCGGGUCCCACCGUUUACAUGUGCAAUCAGAGUGCUACUCGUGCAAUUUUCAUGCAAUUUCAUUUAAAUGAACCCCCAACAAUUCGCGUUCGAAAGUGCGUACCAAAUAAACCAGCAGCUGCCGAAAAACCAGGAGAAUUUCUGGUUCUAAAUUACGAUCGAUUGGUAGGAUCGUCGCUAUGCCGAAAAAUAGAUAAUUUGUGUUCCAUGUUAAGGAGUUGA